AUGGACCAAUCCAUACCGACAAUCGUCCAUGUGUCUCUUCUGAUCUACGUCAUAUAUGACGUCGAUGAGGUGAUGCAGACGUUGAAGGUCUCUGCGUCUUUACGACUAAGCUGGCGUGACGAACAUUUGGUCUGGAACCCGAGCGACUAUGACGGCAUACAGACGGGCGUCUACCCACAGAACAGCGUCUGGAAACCGGAUGUGUCUCUCAAGAACUCUGUUGAUGAUUUCAAGACGCUGGGAGACCAGACACUCAAUGUGAUCGUCACGUCCGAUGGGAUUGUCACGUGGGAACCCUACCAGAUAUUCACCUCCCGAUGCAAUUUUGACAUCACGUAUUUUCCGUUCGACAGGCAGGCCUGUAAAAUGAUAUUCGUGACAUGGGGAUACAUGGCGUCUGAAAUCCGCAUUUGGGGACCAGAUACAGGGCCGGCGGCACACUUAGAAGACAUUUUACAUAACCCCGAGUGGGAUCUAGUUGGCGUCAGGAUCCAAAACUUGACAGAGCCGCGCCCCAUGAUGAUUUUUGACGUGCAUCUGAAGCGCAAACCAAGAUACGUUGUUCACAACAUUAUCCUGCCGCUAAUCGUUCUUAUAACGUUGAACGACUGUGUGUUUCUGUUACCGGAACGAAGUGGCGAGAAAACCGGAUACGCAGUAACCGUGUUUCUCUCCUUUAUGGUGUUUGCGACGAUCGUUCAGGCGACCCUUCCGGCUAAUUCAGAAAACGUAUGCUACCUAUCUGUGUUUGUCACCCUACAAAUAGUUGAAAGCGCUGUCAUAACGAUAGUCUCCAUCUGCCUUGUCCGAAUCGAGGGUCGCCGCGACAGCGUACCGGAAUGGUUAUCGUCGCUUAUCACGUGCUCCACGUGCAUGAAAUGCAUCAAGUCAGUCCAGCGCUCCUCGAAUAUCACGAAGGGUGACGGCGAUCGAUUUCCGGAGCAAGGAAAGUGCGACAAAACCAAGGUGGAGUCGGUCUAUAAAGACGAAUGUCAAUAUAAUGGAGACGGUAUUGGCAAAGAACGGGUAGAAGCGGAAAUUCUUGACUGGGGCAAAGUUUCCUUGCGGCUUAACUGGUUUUUCUUUGCUUUGAUCUUCACUUCUGAGCUCAACCAUGAGCUGAUCAUAGAUGCCAAAUUGGCGCCGUCUCCCGGAAUGCAGCCAUGGUCUUCUCCAGAUAUUACGUGCUCUGGCUCCUCUUCUCCACCUUAG